AUGGAUAAUGACAAACCUUAUUUAACUAGUUUAGUUCAUUCUAGUAUAUUAAAAACCAAUUUUGGCUUUUGUGGUUUCAUGAUCACUGAAGGUUUAUGGUUUAAACUGAGGGUAUAUUAUUGUUUUGUUAUCCCUCUCAAAGUGUGCAUUCCAGAUCCAGAUGAACACACAUUUAAUAAGCUUGAAGAAGCCCAAGCAAAAAUAUAGGAGAUAAAGGUGGCACUAAAUAGCACUUGA